AUGGAGACCGCGCAGGAAAGCUUGACAGAGCGUAGAAGGCGGCAGAACCGUCUGAACCAGCAAGCCCGGCGCAAGCGCCUGGCCGACGAAGCAAACGCCAAAGGCCCUGCUCAGAAAUGGAUCAUUUACUCUGCGUCCGCUGCCCAAGAGGCCGGCGGCGCCAGAACGAGUGAGAAGCAUGCGCAUCUUUGCCAGCGCGUGGCAUCGGACCGCAAUCGCUCGCUGGAGAAAUUGAGAAAAGCUGUCGCACACAACUUUCUGCAGCAGAGCCUCAACGCCGAGGCCCUGGUAUCGGUAACACGGUACAACAUCUACCAGGCCAUGCUGGUCAACGCGACGUACCUAGGCCUGACCAUGGAGCUGCUGCGCGAGGAUAUUAUAUCGCCGUUCAAUGUGAUCGGGCCUGCUACGUUUGGCUUUGGCGCCGGCGACCUUCCGCCGAGUCUGCGGCCGACGGCGCUGCAGCGACAGAUUGUCCACCAUCCUUGGGUCGAUCUCUGCCCCAUGCCGUCGCUGCGAGACGCGCUACUGCUGGGCGCUGCUGUGUACGACGAGGACGAGCUAUGCCACGAUUUAUUCAUUGGUGCUGGAAACGGCAGCGAGCACCAGGCCGGCCUCGUGGUUUGGGGCGAGUCUUGGGAUCCGACGGCGUACGAGCUUUCAGAAGCCAUCCUGGAAAAGUGGCAGUGGCUACUGGCGGGAUGCACAGAUGUUUUGGAAUCGACAAAUUCCUGGCGGGCAAAGAGAUGUGCGAGGCCGUUGAGGCUCGGAUUCAGAACUGAGGCUAAGCUACCGGAAGCUAUGUGA